GGACUCUAUUAUGUACGGUCUUAAGGUGGCUCUAAAGUGACAUGUUAGUCAAUAAUACAACUCACAUAAAACUUGAUAAAAUACAUUAUGAUUUUUCCUAAACAGCUUAUCUAAAUAAAAAUUAUUAAUAUUGAUAAUGUUCCCAUUGAUUUUUAUAAGUAGUUUAUAAAUUUAUAAUAAUUAUAAAAGGUCGAUUGAUUAAUGUUGUCUUGAUCGCAAGACCCAUCUUCUUUCGCGUCAGUGCGCAAGUACUGUGAAGAUAGUAUAGAUCUAGCAGUCGACUCGCCGUCUUCCCGCUGGCGUCUAUAACCUCUUAACCAUUUUACUUCUGUGACACGCAUGCAUCAUCACUUUCUCAAUUAAAUUUUCUUAAAAAUCCAUAACAACACACAACCUUUCAUAUACGACUGGAAAGCUUGUGAUUUCAUCUUUCAGUGAUCAGUUUUUUAUUAACAUCUCUAGUUUUUCUUAAAGGAUGUCAUAUCAUUUCCGGUCAAAAUUCAAUAACCUCCCAUAAGAGCUAUGUUAAAAAGUGAUUUUUUAUAUUGCUUGUUUGCAAUAAUUUACAUGGCAACAGGGUCUCAAAUUUUAAGAGAUGGUUUAUUAUAUAUUAAAGAACAACCUCCCAAAGUUUUAUUUAUGUGGCUAGUCUUUUAGUUUACUUUCGAACCACCUUAAGGCGAUGCUGGACCGGUCUCUAUAUGUGCUUAUUUUUGUGCACAGAUAACUCCUAAUUGGCUUUACAGAUCACAAAAUCCUUUUACACAAUUAAAGUAGUAACAAAAACACACCUCGCUAGCUAUAAUUAAAUACGAAAAACGAAAGUUGAUUAAAAAAUUAUAGUUUAAUUAUCGGCUUCUGCAGCCGACUCGUGACAAUACAUAUUAUAGUACGCAGUACUUUCGGCGGUGAGACAAUCCGAAAAUCCGGAGACGCGAUCGGGCGGUAAUCAAAACGCAGAACUUAACUAGGAAUAAAGACGCGCGGACGGACAUGACAAAGAACUUCGGAAAUCUAUUUACAGGCUCGGUAGAGUUGGUAUAAAGAGAGUUGCGACAAUGUAGGUGCCUAAUGCUGAUUGGCUCCGCCAUUAAGGGGGAAAUUUCCGGUUAGCUGUCAGUUAGGUUAGGUAGGUUAAAUAAUUAUCCUUGGUUGAAUCGUCAGGUGUGUUUACGUGUGUCAGUUGAUACAAUUUUCCAAACUCUACGUGAAAAAAAUAUUAAUUACACAAGUUCUUUCUGUACACAUUGUUUAGCGAGAUGGUACAUUGUGCAGCAGAAGGAUGCCAAAACACUUCCAAAUUAAGUGUAAAAAUGAAUAAAUUACCAAAAGAAAUUGAUCGUCAAGAAAAAUGGAUACAAAAUGCCAAGUUGGAAAAUAAAAGAACAAAACGUUAUAUAGCGUUAUGUGAAUUUCAUUUUACUUCAAAUAUGUGGGAACAGACACGCUCCGAUGGAAAAAAAAAACUUAAAUGUACAGCAAUUCCAACAAUAUUUGGAGAAUUAGUCACACAAAAAGUAAUAACCAGAGAAGCCGGAAUUAAUCGAAAUGUUGUGAAUUUAAAUAAAAUUGAAGAACAGUCGACAAUAUUAACUACAACAGAGUCUGAUGGUACUGUUACAAUUAAAAAUCUAGAAGAACAAUGUCAGUCGGUUUCUAUAGAUAUCGAACAAAGAAAAAAUACUCAAAUAAUCAAAAAAACUGAAAGUAAUCAAAAUACUAUCAAUUUAAAUAGAAUUGAAGGACAUUCUUUGGCAACAUCUAUAGAACAUAAUGAUUCUGUAACAGUAUUAAGAAAAACUCCAGAGUGCCAAUUAGAUGAUCUUUCAUCAGAUAUCAAAGAACAAACAGCACAAUUAAGUAGUGAUGGAAAACAAAAGGAUAUAUCAAAUUCAAUACAUGAAAGCAAUUUGGAUAAACAAAAUUUACUAUACGUGGAAAAAAUCAAUAAGUUAGAGAAGCUGCUUCAACGAUCUGAAUCGCUACGGAUAAUAAUGAAAAAGAGGCAUAAAGGCUUGCAAAACAAAUACAAAAAGAGAAUUAAAGAUUUAGAAAAAAAAGUAGGCAUAAACGAAAAUUUUGCUAAAACUAUUCAGCAAUUAUUGCAUAAAGAUCAGAUACAACUAUUAAAUAAAACAUAUAAAAAAAUUCCAAAAUGGUGCAAUGCCACGUUAAUCAAAGCAUUUCAAUUAAAAUUUGCUUGCGGUUAUUCAGGAUAUAAAGAGCUUUUAAAUAAAGGUUUCCCAUUUCCGUGCAUUAGAACAUUAAAUAGAAAACUUGAAAAUCUAAAAUUUAGAAGUGGAAUACUUGACGAAAUUUUUCAAUUUUUGAAUUUAAAAGUUUCUCAAUUUAUUAAUAAUACAGAUAGAGAUUGCUUACUUAUUUUAGAUGAAAUAAGUAUAACUCCGGGUAUUGUCUUCGAUACAUCAACAUAUACUUAUAUUGGAAAAGUAACGUUACCAAAUCACGAUCAAAACGAAAUCGCGACGCAUUGUUUAGUAUUUAUGCUCGCAGGCAUAGGAAAACGGUGGAAACAAGUAGUUGCGUAUUACUAUACAAGUAACAGAACUGAUGGUUCGAUAUACAAAGAAAUUAUAGUAGAAAUUAUUAAAAAAGCUGAAAAAAUCAAUUUAUAUGUUCAUGGUGUUAUUUCAGAUAUGGCUGCUUCAAAUCAAGCCAUGUGGAGAGCAUUUAAUAUUCAAGCAUCAAAAUAUUCGACGGUACAAAAUAAAUGUAUCCAUCCAUGCGAUCAAAAUAGAUAUCUUUUCUUUUUCCAUGAUAGUAUGCAUGCAUUCAAAAAUUUCAAAGAAGGAAUGCUUAAUCAUAAAUUUAUAACUAUCCCAGAUAAAUACGUGAAAAAAUAUCAGCUACCAACAGAUACAGCACAAGCUGAACAUUUUCAAGAAUUAUUUCAUCAGCAAAAAGAUUUUCUAUUGUCAUUAGGCCUGUUCGUGUUGCUGCCCUUUUUGAAUUAAUUUCUUUGUCGUCUCUCUCUUUUUUACGAUCGAAUAUAUAUUUAUCUCAUCUCAAGUGCAAAAAUUUUUAGGAAUUUCAAGCAACUCGAACAGACCUAUUAUGUCCAAAGUUACGCGAGGAAUAUUUUGAUAGAGCAAGGCAUUUUCAAAAAAUGCGUGUAAAAAGCGCCUGUCAUGUUUUAAGCUAUGAAGUAAGUUCAGCGUUAAAAUUCCUAGCUUCUGAAACUUCAAAAUCAGAAUAUAUAACUACUGCAUGGUUAACAGAAAAAAUGGCUCUUUGGUUUAAAAUAGUUAGUAGUAGAAAUAUUAUUUGGGGAAUAAGUAAAAAUAAAUCUGAAAAAUUUGAUGAAGUGAUACAUUUUCUAAAUGAAUUUAUAGAUUUAAUUUCGUUAACUUUUGGUAACAAAAAAGAAUGGAAACCAUUUCAGAAAGGUUUAAUAUUAACUACAGCAUCAAUAAUUGAAUUAUCAAUAUAUUUAUUAAAUAAUAAAGACUAUAAAUACGUUUUGGCUGGAAGAUUUACACAAGAUUGCGUCGAAAACUUAUUUUCGGUAUUACGUAGCAAACAUUGUAUAUUAAAUGCUCUUCAAGUAAAAAAUGAUUUAAAGUUAAUCAGUAUUUCGCAUUAUAUGAAAAAAAUAUCAACGAGUAGCUACAAUGAAGAUGAUCGAGAAUUUUUAGAAGGUUUUUUGUCCAGUAUUCAAAAUAAUAAAUUAUCUCAAACAAGCCAUCAAAGCAAUGAAUUACCGCAAUUAAAUAAUACAUUUGAGUUGACAACAAACAAAGAAAUUAUUUUAUCACGUAUUGAAUUGAAUAUUUUACAUCACGUUGCAGGUUAUAUUAUUUCUAGUAUUAGUAAAACGCAGAAAGUUUGUCAAGGUUGUAUGAAAUAUGUUGGCUGUCGUAAAAGCAAUUUAACUAAUUAUAACAGACUAACUGAACUUCGAUGUUUUAAACAAGAUACACUAUUUUUUGUACAUAACAAAACUUUUCUUUUUUUUCUUGAAAUGGAAAAAAUUUUUAGAAUAUAUAAAGAUGAUAUUAUAUCAAAUAAUAAUAAUAUUAAUUUGAAGCAGUUUUUUCAAGAAAAGUUUAGUUAUAUAUCUUAUGUUAUUCCAACGUGUCACAAUUUGAAACAAAAAAUUAUAAAGCGAUAUGUAACAUUCAGAUUAAAAAUAUAUUCCAAAAAAAGUGUAGCGGCAAAAAAAUAUAUGGGAAGUAAAACGAUGGCAAUACAUAAUACUAUUA